AGCGCCUUACCGCUAUCCACCCAUGACUGCAUUCAUGCGUAGCCAUUCUGGCCCUACCAUUCUUCAUCAUCGUGCCGUAGGAGCGGCCGAUGCGACCUCGCUGCGGUUCGGGCCUCGACGAGGAUCUGACCUUGCAGGAGGUGCUCUCUGGCUGCUGCGCGGCGCUGUCGGGCCCAUCGAGCCCGGUCGACUUCCCGGGGCCAGCCAGGCGCGCGAGGCUUCUGAACGCCUCUGGCCGUCCGGAGGCAUGGGACAGUCUGGAGCCGAGCGGCCAGGGCUCUCCCACGCUGGAGUUGCCCAGACUGUCGCAAGCACGCGCUGCGUCGCCGCAAGGCGGCGGGCCGCCCCAGAGGCUCAACUGGAGCGCGCCGAGCCCGUCGAGCUCAGCGCCCUCGGCCACCUCCAGGGUCGCCCCGUCAUUGUGGUGGCCAUCGGCGAGUGGCGUUGUGGCAGAUCAGGAUUUGACCUCGUGGCCGCCUGCGAGCGGUGCCGACCAGGAGUCGAUCUUGGAGAUGAUCCGCGCUGAGGCCAGCAUCUCCUCGCUGAAGGCACAGUUGGAACGGCAGGAGGCGCAGGCGCAGUGCCAGCAUGCGGCGCUGAGGCUGGCCCCUGGCGCAGGGCGCUUCGAGCCUACUGUCCCGCUGGGGGCCCCUGGCCCCGCGCAGGAGCAUCGCCUCGGGGACGCAGCGGCCACGAUCGCCGCGCUGCGCGGGCAGCUGGAGGUGCAGGGAGUCCAUGCCGAGCCUUCUGUUGCCGAGCUGAGAGAGCAGCUGUUGCACGGGCAGGCGCAGCACCAGCGCUCCAUCACCGUGGAGGACCAUCGGGCGCUCGUGGGCCGGCUCCUCGGCUGCCACUCGGCGGAGGUGGAGCUGCUGGGCCGCAGGCUUGCAGAGGCCUACACCGCCGUCGGCACUUUGGAGCUGCGGCUGGAGCAGCAGGAGGCGGAGUCCGCGGAGCUGCGCGGCAGCCUCGGGCGGCAGGAGGCACGCGCGGCGGCGGCGGCGGCCGCGCCACGCCACGGCGCGGAGAGGCAGCCCUGGGAGCAGCGUGGUCUGUAUUCGGCCGAGCUGGCCGAGCUGGAGCUGCGGCUGGCGGGGGCGGCGGCCGCCAGCGGGCGGCAAGCGCCGGUCCGCUCCCCGCUGGCGCGGUCCCCGAGGCACAGCUCCCCGCGCACCUCGCUGGCGCGCUCCCCGAGAUACAGGGUCCCGCGCGGAUCCAUCGCCGUCGACGUGCGGGAGCAUCCGGCCGCCGUGCCGCCUUGCUUGGCCGCGAGCUGGCUCGGCUCCAGCCCGCCCUGGUCUACGGCGGAGCUGCCGCUGAGCGGCGCGCGCGCGGUCGGCUGGGGGCCCGAUGCCUCGACGCAGGGGCUGCUCCACGAUUCCUUCGGCGGCUAGCCAGGGCAGAUUCCAGCACCAUGCGCGAGCGAGCGCGACCGGACGGCUCUGGUCCACGAGGUCCCGAAGUGCGAGGAGGGCGACGUCAGCCUAACCGCGGGAGUCGGCCCGAGUCGGACGCGGGGAGCGGGCGGGUCCAGGCGGUGUCUGCAGUGGUCUGCAGGGGGCGCAUGCUCUGGGGCGGCGGCGUGCUCGUCUGUCGGCAUGCGGCUCGGGGGCGGCUCGAAGG